AACCAUCGCCAGACAGUGCCCAAGCACGACGGAAGAAAAGGAUUUGACGAAGCAGACAGUGGAGUCUUCUGCUUGGGUUCUCCAUCCGCAUUUGACUUUGUGACGCCUGAAACUACACAGGAUUCCAGCUCUCCCGAUGGCGAGCGGAGCGACCCAGGAGGGGAUUCCUUGCUACAAGACUUUCUCCAGCAAACCGGAGAGAACGAUUUCAAGAGGACUUUAAAAACUUGUGACCUGGUGUCCUGGGCCUUCCAGAUUGCUCAAGGAAUGGAAUACUUAGCCUCUCGCAAGGUAGUCCAUCGGGAUCUGGCUACAAGGAACAUUCUGCUGACUGAAGAAAAUGUGGCGAAGAUAUGUGACUUCGGUCUGGCCAGGGACAUAUAUCUCGACGAUCAGUAUUUCAAGAAAGGAGAUGGCCCGGUGCCAUACAAGUGGAUGGCGUUGGAGUCCCUAAUCCAGAACAAAGUAUACACGAGCAAGUCAGAUGUUUGGGCAUAUGGAAUAACGCUGUGGGAAAUGUUUAGCCUCGGGAAUAGUCCUUACCCAGGCAUAAAUCACGAGAAGCUCAUACCUCUUCUCGAGACCGGAUAUCGCAUGGAGGCUCCCAAAUACGCAAAUGAGAAAAUAUGAGAGCUACAAGAUCAUGUGGAAAUGUUGGGACGUGGAUCCAAAAGAGCGGCCACAUUUCUCUGUCUUAGGUGAAUGGCUUGGGGACAUGAUGGAGAAAUCAGAGCAUCAGCGUUAUGAGGAACUGAACAAGAGAUUUAAGGAGGCAAACUCCAAGUACUUUAAAAUGAACACUGAUUAUCUGCAAAUGAUGAGCGUCCCAAUGCCCGAAUACGGAUACCUUCGACCACGUCAGGUCCAACAUUCUCAAUCUCCAGCGACUGGCAACUUAAGUUACCCAACGGCAAAAAACCCGAACAGAGAGAACUCCUUCAGGUCAAAUGAGCGAAAUCCCAGGAACAUAGCAGAAUCAGAGACCGAAUUCGAAAUGGAACCUAUGGUCAUGUGACCAAAAGGCUACUACUUUGAAUCCAUGUUCGGAGUUAACAUCUUUAAGAUUGGUGAAUCAGAUUGAUUGGGACAAGAGGAUACAUGAAGAUUUGAAAAUAAAUGGAAGGAAUGAUGUACCCCAACUAUUGGAAUAUAUUGCCACUCGUAGGAUAUUAGUGAUG